AUGUAAUUUUUUAACAAUAAGAAAGUGUAUAGAUUAAAUGAAUUAUUAGAUGCUAAAAAUAUAUAAUCCCCCUUUUUAUAAAUAUAAUGUGAAAAUUUAAUUAAGUAGAAGCUAAUAGAAUUGCAAACAUGCUAAGAAAUAAAUUAAAAGAAUGAAAAAAUGAUACAAUAAUUAUAACCAACUUUGGUAUUUAAAAAAUCUUUAUUUCAAGGAGGACUAGUAAUUCUCUUAAUCACUGACAUUCUCAUCAACUUAUAAGCCUACUAGUUGUUCAGCAACUUAAAAUGGAAAAGUUAUUGAGACAAGUACAUCAGCGUGGUAAUGUUGUAUGUGUGAUUAAAUGAUUCCUAAGAAUGGUGUGUUCUAAUUUACUGUCAAAAUUAUUCAAAUUCAAGAAAUUAUGAUUGCAAUUGGUUUUAGGGAUGUUGUGCAGAGUAAAAGUUAUCAAAGUUGUUAAUAUAUUGGAGGAGGGUAUAUUUAUGAUAUUAAUAGUUCUAAAUAGAACAUAUAAUAUAUAUAAUAAUGGUUAAUGUUAGAAUCAUGAUUAAUAAGAUAAAGAUAGUAAAUAUAUAGCAUUUAAAUUUGCUAAGAAUGAUAUAAUAAUAGUUGAAGUGGAUAUUGAAAAGAAGUAUGUGAAAUGGACAAAGUAAUCCACAGAUGAAUCAUUCGUAUCAAUUUCUAUUUACUAUUAGACUCUCUUACUAUUCAUACAUCCAAACAUUUAUAUCCAUGUGUACAUUUAAAUGGUCAAUGUAAAGUUGAGAUAUUAAAUUCACUAUUAAACAAGUCAUUUGAGAACAGAAGAUCAUGAACAAGCUCUAUCCUGA